CAAGCUCUGGGACGUGCCGAUGGAGGUCAAAGCGCUGAAGCGUUACCUCAGACGGCACCGCAACAUCAUCGAGUUGCGCAACACGUAUAUAUAUGGGGGUCCGGGGGAAGGGCGCUUCUGCAGCAUGGAGCUGGAAUACUGCUCUGCCGGCGACCUGCGUAAGUUCUUAAUUCAUUGGACCACCGCGAGAGGGCAUAAUAACGCAGCUGUUCCGGAACACCUCAUCCUGCACUACAUCUGUUCGAUGACAAGAGGGUUAGGCUACAUUCACAACGGAGUCAUAAAUGCAGACACAGGCGAGACCGUCCCCAACCACGAGCCAAUGGUCCACGGCGACAUAAAGCUGGACAACGUCUUCCUGCGCUGGCCGACGCAACCAAACUACGAUCUCCCUGACAUCGUGCUCGGAGACUUCGGCAUGGCGCAGAUCGAACAUCGCAGCGUAGGCACCACCGGAACCACUGGCUACUACCCGCCCGAAGUCCGCAAAGUCCUCGAUCUCGAAGAAGACGACCCAGAAGCCUACGACCGCGCGAUCGUCGGGCGAAUCAUGACCAGAGCGAGCGACAUCUACACCUUUGCCGCCACUCUCUGCGGGCUCAUCUUCAACGUGGAGUUCGACAAUCGAGAUGACGCGUUCGAGCUCGAGUCGCUGGAGGAUUUCUUCCAGGCUACGCAGUAUGCGCGGACUUUGCCGUGGCUGUGGGAAAUGGUGAGGAGAUGUCUUGCGGAAGAACCGGCGCAGAGACUCGAGAUUGCUGAGUUGCUGGGUAGGCUGACGUGGUUUCAGCGGGGUCUGCGGGAGGCGUGGGCGGCGGGGAUGAGGGUGCCGUUGGAUUCGUGGCCGGUCAUUGCGUCGCAUACGGAGGAGUGAAAGCAUGGUGAGGCGCCUCGAGUCGUAUGUCGGAUGUAAGCAGGUCUGUCAAUAAGCGGUGGGCGCGCAGAGGGUCGGAGGAGGCAAGUGAUAGCCAGGCAUGGCUUCCUUGAAGAGCACUGCCCUACUCUCUUGCGAUCCAGUCCACGUCGAUUUCUAUGGAUGGCACAACUAUUACAA